GAAUCAGGUGAUACAGGCUGGCACGGUCACGUGGCCGGGGCGCGCCCGCCCGUUGUGGCCAUGGAAGCCGCGGUUUCCAGCGUGGUGAGGCGAGUGGAAGAGCUCGGUGACCUGGCUCAGGCUCACAUACAGCAGUUGAGCGAGGCUGCGGGUGAAGACGAUCAUUUUUUAAUUCGGGCCUCUGCAGCUCUAGAAAAAUUGAAACUCUUGUGUGGAGAAGAAAAAGAAGGUUCAAAUGCAUCCAGUCUUCUAGAACUUUACACGCAGGCUAUUUUGGACAUGACAUAUUUUGAGGAGAACAAGCUAGUAGAUGAUGAUUUUCCUGAAGACUCUUCUUCACAAAAAGUAAAAGAGCUGAUCAGUUUUCUUUCAGAACCAGAAAUUUUAGUUAAAGAAAAUAAUAUACAUCCAAAACAUUGCGAUUUGCUUGGGGAUGAGCUACUGGAAUGUCUCUCUUGGAGACGAGGAGCCCUACUGUAUAUGUAUUGUCACUCUCUGACUAAAAGAAGAGAGUGGCUCUUGAGAAAAUCUAAUCUACUUAAAAAGUACCUCGUUGAUGGGAUCAAUUACUUGCUACAGAUGCUGAACUAUCGGUGUCCUCUCCAGUUAAAUGAAGGAGUUUCUUUCCAAGACCUAGACACAGCUAAAUUACUGAGUGCAGGAAUAUUUAGUGACAUUCAUUUGCUGGCUAUGAUGUACAGUGGAGAAAUGUGCUACUGGGGAUUGAAACAUUGUGCAGAUCAACAGCCAGAUAAUCAUGAAGUGGAUACUGGUAUAUCUGAAGCCAGCUGCACUGCACACAAAGAACCCCUGGAUUUUCGAGAAGUAGGAGAAAAAAUUUUGAAAAAGUAUGUAUCUGUGUGUGAAGGACCCCUGAAAGAACAAGAGUGGAAUACAACAAAUGCAAAACAAAUUUUAAACUUCUUCCAGCACCGCUGUAACUAGUAGUUCAUUUAGUCCUUUUCAGUGAGAAAGACAAAAACACCCAUGAAAUGGAAAAAGUUUCAGAAAAGAAGACAUAUUAACACUAAUUCUAAAAACAUUAUACUACGUAAAGCUAUCCACUAUAGUUAGGUCACCUUUUUAAAAAUAUUAUCAUCAUCUUUCACUAUAUAUUCUUAAGCCUAUGUAGAAAUACUUCUUUAAUUUCUAAACUAAUGUAUAUAUUAUUCUAUCUCUCUUUGAACUAGGUAUCCUGCCUCUAGUAAGGAAAAUCCAAGUUAGCUUUACUAUGAUUUUUGCCCUAAUAUAUUAUUUUAAAAUUGUGAUAACGUAACACAAAAUUUAAUCUCCCUGUCUUGAAGUUUGCCAUGCUUCAAAUACUAAAAUCAGCUCACCUCAUUGCUUUGACUACCUAGUAAUAUAAAUGUAGGCAAAAGGAAAAAUUAUGACUAAUAUUUAGACUUCAUUUGUAAUCAUGUAAAUGACAAAAGACUCCACAAAGGAAUCAUUUGUGUUUAUUUUGCCAUGUAUUACUAGUCUUGUUUAAAAUUUUUACUUUUAGAUAUUUUAUAAAAAUGUGAAAGUUAUUUUCCUAUUUUAUUUAAAAUCCAUGUUUUCUCAAGUAAUGAAGAUAAAAACCAACUUAGUUUAGUCCAUAUCUUAUUAGGAUAUAUGUUUUCAUACUGUUUUGAAAUUUUAAUAUUUUUUGCUUUUAAUAGUUGGUAGAAUACUAAAGGUCAAGGAGCCUACCUUGAUAACUUGCUUACUGUCUUUCUGUCUACCUCAACUCCUACUUUUAUCUUCAGCUGAUCUGUCUGAAACCUUGCUGUAAACUAGACUUCUGCCCAGAUGACUCUAUCACAUUACAGCACCUUCCUCCAUGGGUAUACCUUGAGCCCCAACUAUCCUGAGUUAGACUUUCUGAAUUCUUCAAUUUCGGUAACUGAUGACAAUUUUCAUCCUACCAGCUUUUUUAUGUCUUUAAAUUUAUUGAUUUUUCUUUUUCUUUACUUUUAUAAUUUACAAUCUGUAGCUUCUUCACAGCCUUCUUUUCUUAAACACUCCCCUUAGUACUACACUAUCAUUGUCUUUCAGAUGUUUUGCUUCUGUUUGCCCUCAGCUUCAUGUAGGCACCGUACAAACUGCUGUUACCAGUUGCUCCCUCUUCCAUCUCAUCCUUCAGCCAGCUCAUUUUAUAAGCCUUUGACAAUGAGUCAGUCCUCUUACUAACCUUUACUAGGAUACUUCAUUGGAAGAGCAUACAGUCAAAGUGGGAUCAUUAAAGGUGUCUCACUUCAGCUUUUGAACAGCCAUCACUGUAAGCCUUUGGUUUUUCACUAUGGUGGCCAUUAUGUCUUUUCCCACUGUGGCUGAGUCAGAAACUUUACUUUUUUUAAGGCCUUCCCCCUUCUCCCUACCAUACAGAAAGUUGAGGCUAUAAGGUCAACCAAUAUUAACCAAAUUUACUCAUUUCCCCCAUUUUAGAGAAAAAGAGGUUAUUCGCAUUGAAGGCUAAUCUGUGCUACAAGAGUUUAUCUAUGCUAUUUCCUUCAUUUCUCUGUCUCUUCUCAUUUUGUGCCUACUUUUUUGAUAUAUUGAUCUUUUUUUUUUUUUUUGGUUUUUCUCCGGUACUGGGAACCGAACUCACGACCUUGCGCUUGCCAGGCAGGCGCUUUGCCGCUGAGCUAAAUCCCCAGCCCCUGAUAUAUUGAUCUUUACCAAAGUUCUAUUCUCUUCCUUUCCUUUCGUUUUCUCUCCUUUUACUCUAAAUAAUCUUGUUAUCUUUUUUUAUAGCAGUUGCUUUUUCUACCACCUGUAAUAUCAGGCUGACUCAAACCUGUACUAGAAACCCAACCUCCCUCACUUAGACAAAUACCCCUGUAACUGUAAGUUCGAUGUAUCAAAACAAAUCCUCAUCUUCCAUGCAGAAUGUUUUAUGCUUUGUUUUUCUCAUUUUUGAAUCAAUUGUAGAGCAGGAAAACGCAAAAUACUUGCCUUCCCAGCCUCAUCUGUACCAUCAUGUUCCAGUCCAGUGUUCCUCAAGCACUGAAAAUGCAGUUUCCUUUCUGGUAAACAUAAAAUUCUAAAAGAGCCUUCAGGGCCAGGAGAAGCUCUCCUUAUCCCUGCCCAGGCAGGUAUAUCCCCACGGCUUAUCCUAAUACAGCCAAGAAGAUUUUUAUUUCAAUUACAUUUUAGCGGGUUGUGUUAUGAAAAUAUCUUUGUGUUUCUGAAGUAUAAAGAUCUAAAUCAUUUUUAAUGUGGUUUUUAAAUGCAUAGGCUAUCCUUCUCUUUGGAGAACAUGACCGAUCAAGUACUUCUGAUUCUUUCCCCAAAUGUACUUGUAUUUUCAAUCUUACCACUUUUUAAACAUCAUUACUUCUGUGCCCUUUGUGGCUAAAUGAAUACAUACUUAUCUUUUAGGAGGCAGGUUCGGGAACACUGUCCAAAGACUUUUUCAGCUCUUUUUGGUCAAAAUUAGAUGCUUCUUUGUUAAGUUUCCUCCCAUAUUCUGAACUUAUUAUGUUGCUUUAUCAUGCAAACUAUAUUUUAAAAAUUUGCCUUUAUAGUGUUCAAUGCAUGGUAAGCCCAUAUUGUUUUCUUUUUAAAUUAAUGAGGCAUGAUUCUAAGUGCCAAACUGCACAAAAGAGUUAAUGCUGUUAGAUUCCAAACUGCCAUGCCCUCUACGCUAGUGACUGACAAGGCAAACAGAGACAUAUUCAGUCCUUACAGAAGUAAAGUGUUAUUAGAGUCUAAAUCUGUGGAAACAAGAGAAGUUUAUCUUCAGCAACUGGGAGGUCGAGUUGUCAGCUCUCUGGUUAGUACAAUUGUGAGGGUAUUACUGGGUGCUCUUGUAUAACUUUCCAUCCUGGAAUCAAUUGGAGAAUAACUUGUAGAUCAUAACAGUUAUAAAUGCUUUUUAUUCUGGUGUAUUAUGAACAACAACAUAUUUUUGUAUAUGUGAAAGCCUGCUAAGUAAAUUCUCUUUCAUUUA